CUCUGCUAUUUGCUCCCUUUUUUUUAUAUAUAUUUCAUAACUUAACUGAAACUGUAGUGUUGUAGUUAUAAAUAAGAGCAUUAUAUUAAUUAUCCGUUGACUCUUAUCUCACCAUAUAGGAAACGCCCCCAUUUCUGAGCAACCUGUAUUAAUUUAGUUAGAAAAGCUUCUUUAAACUUUAACUAGUUGAUCUUUUUUAUUACCUCGUGCUGUUUUUAUUUCAAACCGUGUCUUUUGUACAUUGAUGAAUGUAGUAGAUAUCUGACCAGACUACUUCUUCACCCUCACAGCCACCUCUAUUAUAAUAAUAAUAAUAAUGACUACAUCAAAAAUCCCAUAAAUAACCAUUAAAGUUCGGUUAUUUCCAUUUUGUGGUUAUUUUAGAAUUAAUGAAGAUGAAUUUGCUGGUUUCUUUUUGCUUUUGGGUGGUUUAUGUUGCCGGAGGUGGUGGUGGUGGAGUGGUGGUUAUGGCGGCUUCUGAUUCUUCAGGGACUCAGAGACAGCUUGACCAGACACCCACAUGGGCGGUUGCCGGAGUUUGUGCUGUUAUGAUUCUUAUCUCCAUCUUACUUGAGAAGGGUCUUCAUAAAUUUGGAACUUGGUUGACAGAAAGGCACAAGAGAGCUCUAUAUGAAGCUUUAGAUAAGGUUAAAUGUGAGCUGAUGAUUCUAGGAUUUAUUUCGCUGCUGCUGACUUUUGGACAGACAUACAUUACAAAAAUAUGUGUUUCUCAAGAUGUUGCAAACACUAUGUUACCAUGUAAAAAACCGGAUACUGAAGAAAGUAACAAAGAGCAUCGUAGGAGGCUUUUAUGGCUCCAACACAGAUUGCUUGCAGGUGGUGGAAGCACUACUAAAUGCAAAGAGGGGCAUGUACCACUUAUAUCAGUUGAUGGGUUGCAUCAGUUACACAUCCUCAUAUUCUUCUUAGCAGUCUUUCAUGUGCUAUAUAGCUUAACAACCAUGAUGCUUGGAAGACUAAAGAUUCGUGGUUGGAAGGCAUGGGAGCAGGAGACUUCAACCCAUGAUUUUGAGUUUUCACAUGAUCCUUCAAGAUUCAGGCUUACUCAUGAGACAUCUUUCGUGAGAUCACAUACUAGUUUCUGGACUAGAAUUCCAUUCUUCUUUUAUGUUGGGUGCUUCUUCCGACAGUUCUUUAGGUCUGUUAGCAAGGCUGAUUACUUAACAUUGCGCAAUGGAUUUAUCACUGUACAUUUAGCUCCUGGAAGUAAGUUUAACUUCCAAAAGUACAUAAAGAGGUCGUUAGAGGAUGAUUUUAAGUUCGUUGUCGGAGUAAGCCCUAUUUUGUGGACAUCAUUUGUCAUUUACCUGCUCAUAAAUGUUAAAGGAUGGCAAGCAUUAUUUUGGGCUUCUCUAGUCCCUGUAAUUAUAAUCUUAGCUGUUGGAACAGAGCUUCAGUCUGUUCUCACACAAAUGGCUCUUGAAAUUGUAGAAAGACAUGCUGUAGUACAAGGGAUGCCGCUUGUGCAAGGCUCAAACAAAUAUUUCUGGUUCGGUCGGCCUCAAUUAGUUCUUUAUCUUAUCCAUUUUGCUUUAUUUCAGAAUGCUUUUCAAAUAACGUACUUCCUGUGGAUAUGGUACUCAUUCGGCCUAAAUUCUUGCUUCCAUGACAAUUUCAAGCUUGCAGUAAUUAAGCUUGUUUUAGGGGUUGCGGUUCUACUUAUGUGCAGCUAUAUUACACUUCCACUAUAUGCACUUGUAACUCAGAUGGGUUCAAAUAUGAAGAAGUCCAUCUUUGAUGAACAAACUAGCAAAGCUCUUAAGAAAUGGCACAUGGCUGCAAAGAAGAGGCAUGGAAAAGGAAGCAAAACUCCAACCCGAACCUUGGGUGGAAGUGGAAGUACAAGUCCAGUCUCAACCUCCGCUGGACAUACGCUGCACCGAUUCAAAACCACUGGCCAUUCAACCCGGUCAUAUACCUUGGAGGAUCAGGAAUUGUCAGAUAUGGAAGUUGAACCGUUGUCACUCACACCGCCACCGACCGACUUGCUGAUAACAAUGAGUCCGGAUAAUCAAGCUACUGAAAUAAGCGAAACUCACCGCGGCGAAGAAACCGGCAACGAAGACGACUUCUCUUUCGCCAAGGCGGCUCCAUUAAAAGGAACCUGAGGUUGUAUAUACCAUAUUACCAUUGCUGCACCAAUUGUACAUGUUCUAGUUCUGGCAAAACAUUAUAUUUGUAUACAGUUAGUUCAACGUAAGAGCAUAUUUUAUUGGAUCAAUUAUUGACAUAUUGCCUUA